UAUAAACAAAAUAAGGUGGAGAAAAUAAUUUAUUUAUUGAUACAAAUAAAAUGGCUCAGCCUAAUGACAGAAGUUUUUGGUGCUAUAUAGGAAACCUAGAUUUUUCUGUCAUUUCCGCCUUUCCAUUGUUGCUGCAUAGAACCUGCCUGAUAUUAAUCUACAGCAGUUAUAACAUUUGACAACAUUUCCUAUUUUCUUGUCUCAAAAUAGUAUUUUAUAACCUUUCUUGUUUAUUUACAAAAGGUGUGUAUUGUAUUGUGGUUAAACAAUAUUGCCAACUCUUGUGACUGCAUCACAGGGUCUCACAAUAUUUGUUGCUUUUUCAAAACCCCAACUCCUCAACUGGUGUGACUGAACAGCUCAGCUUUCAUUUUGAAAAAAGGCAAGUCUGUAGCUUUUGUGGUUAUAGCAACAAGCUUGAAAACACUUCCAACCCCAUAUGGCAAAUAAAAAGAACCCCAAAGAUGACUUUAGAGCCAAUUUUGUGAUAUUUGAACAUUUAGGGUUGACAAUAUUGCAUCCUGACCUCAUGCAAGACCUGAAAUACUCUAAAGGCUAGCAGAUCACUCUCCCCCACAUUUUGGGAUGAGUGGCUCCCUUAAUAUCACUUCCGGCACCAAACCCUGGCCCUGGGUGCUAUGAACCAGCCCUGGAUAUUACUUAAUAUCCCACCAAACAUGUCAUUUAAACGACCCCUAAACAUCACAAUGGCGCAACUCACCCUGCCCCCGCCCCCGCCCGGCCAGCCUGUUCCCGCACUCAGGCAAACCCGCUUUUAUUUUAUGGACUGCCCCAGGGCACCCCGCAGUCAAGGCCGGGGAGCCCUUUCAUCGUCAGCGGGUCCCUUUUGGAAGACAGGAGCCAGCGGGCCCGGCCAGGGAGAGGCAGCGCGCUGUGAGCAGGCGGCAGGGGCUGUUGCAGGCAAGCUGCAGUGACUCCUCCUAGAGGCGGUAUGUGGAGAAGAAGGAGCCCCCCCUCCGUUCCCCUCCAGAGCUGCCGCCGCCGCCAUUGAAACAUACAAUACAAGAGAAAGCCAGCGGCAGGCGAGCGCAGCCCAGAGGAGUCAGCGGCAGCAGGAGCCUCCCGAGGCGGGGACGGCGGCUGCGGCGACCCCAGGGCAGCUUUUGUGUAGGUGCAAGUAAAUUAAAACUUUCUGUCAGCAAAUUGAAAGGAAUAUAGCAGCAAGAUGUCUGCCCGAAGUGGGAAAAAGAAAAUGUCCAAAAUGUCACGCUCAAGCAGGGCAGGUGUUAUUUUCCCUGUGGGGAGGAUGAUGCGCUACUUGAGGAAAGGAACAUACAAGUACCGGAUAGGUGUUGGAGCGCCAGUCUACAUGGCAGCUGUCAUAGAAUACCUAGCAGCUGAAAUACUAGAGCUAGCGGGGAAUGCAGCAAGAGACAACAAAAAGGGAAGAAUUGCCCCCAGACACAUCCUCCUGGCAGUUGCCAAUGAUGAGGAACUGAACCAGUUGCUAAAAGGAGUGACCAUUGCAAGUGGAGGGGUCCUGCCCAGAAUUCAACCAGAGCUUCUUGCCAAAAAACGAGGUGCCAAAAGCAAAUCUGAAACUAUCCUUUCCCCAUCUCCUGAAAAGAGAGGGAGGAAAUCCUUGGUGAGCAAGAAGAGUGGAAAGAAAGCAAAGGCUACCAAAGCCCGGGCACCCAAAAAGAGCAAGCAGAAGGAGAAUGAAAAAGAAGGGGCCUCAAAUUCAACAUCUGAGGAUGGACCUGGGGAUGGAUUCACCAUCCUGUCUUCUAAGAGCCUCAUUCCAGGACAGAAGCUUUCUCUGACACAAAGUGAUGUCAGCCAUAUUGGCUCCAUGAAAGUAGAAGGCAUUGUUCACCCAACAACUGCUGAAAUAGACCUCAAGGAGGAAAUAGGCAAGGCCUUGGAAAAGGCUGGAGGGAAAGAAUUUUUAGAAACAGUAAAAGAGCUCCGCAAAUCACAAGGACCUUUGGAAGUUGCUGAAGCUGCCCUCAGCCAGUCCAGUGGACUAGCAGCAAAGUUUGUGAUCCAUUGUCACAUCCCACAAUGGGGUUCAGACAAAUGUGAAGAGCAACUUGAGGAGACUAUUAAGAACUGCUUAACAGCUGCAGAAGACAAGAAAUUGAAAUCUGUGGCUUUCCCACCUCUCCCCAGUGGCAGAAACUGCUUCCCAAAACAGACCGCAGCCCAGGUGACUCUCAAAGCCAUUUCCACCCACUUUGAUGACACUAGUUCUUCCUCCCUGAAGAACAUUUACUUUCUGCUCUUUGACAGUGAGAGCAUCGGAAUCUACGUGCAAGAAAUGGCCAAGCUAGACACCAAGUAGCUAUGGCAGCCAAAUGAAGCUUUAUUUUUCAACAUAAAUUUGAGUAGCAUUAAAGAAUUAGAGGUGGGUUUUAUUUUUAAAAUGUGGUGAAGAGGGGGAAUGUUAGUAGUUUGAUGUUUUGUGACUUAAUGGAGAACUUUGCUAUGGAGGAGAGGGUUUAGUCUGUGAUUAAUUCUUGCUAUAGAUACCCCCUACCAUUUUAUAUCACCUUAAAGAAAUCUUGAGUAGUUAAUUUGCCAGCUCUCUUCAAAAGUUUGUUUAAAUGUGUCUUGCUUUUUUAGUUUAGGACUCAUUUUAGAUUUGUAGCUUUGAAUUUACACACACACUUCUUUGUUCCCCUUUUUUUGAGGGUGGAUGGCAACAUGUUAAUUUUUUUUUGUCUACAUUCCAUGUUGAAGAGAGAAUUUUAAAGAUGUACUAGAACCUUCUAUUUUGUUUUACCCCAUAAUAAUCUCUGUAAUUACUGAGAAUAUUUCAUCUUGGUUUUUUUUGUUUUAUAAGAAAAAAAGAAAAGAAAAGGUGUCAAGUGUAUUUAUUAUAAACCAUACGCUAACUGCAGACACUUUUGCCUUAAAAUGAAAGUCAACAAUACCUCAUGUAGAAAUAUUUGACAUGUGAAUACUUAGUGUACAGACAGCACCAAAUCUGUGGCCACAAAAUACUGCCAUAUAAAAGACACUGAAUUAGA